GGAAAAGGAGUUGCCCGACGAAUCAACAACCUCCUCUUCUCUCUCUCUCUAAUGCGCUUCUUCGUGUCUAUGGAGGAGACAUUCAGAGCAGCAAACAAUUAGUCUGUGCUGUGUGAAGAAGAGGCCGCGGCCAUGCCUGAACCCUGCGCCGCUUCUGCUUGCCUCGACGUUGAGACCAUUUAUCUCGGCGGAAAGGAACAUAUUGUACGGACUGGGAGUGGCUCUGUUUCAGUUAUAGUGUAUGGAGAUCCCGACAAGCCAGCUUUAAUCACUUAUCCUGAUUUAGCUUUAAAUCACAUGUCCUGUUUCCAAGGAUUGUUCUUUUGUCCAGAAGCUGCAACUUUGCUGCUUCACAAUUUCUGCGUUUACCAUAUUAGUCCUCCAGGACACGAGUUGGGAGCUGCAGCGAUUUGUGCCGAUAUCCCUGUGCCUUCUCUCAGUGACUUAGCGGAUCAAAUUCUUGAAGUGCUUAACUAUUUUAAGCUUGGUGCAGUUAUGUGCAUGGGCGUAAUGGCUGGAGCUUAUGUUCUCACCUUAUUUGCUAUGAAAUUUAGGGAGCGAGUUCUUGGUUUGAUACUUGUUUCUCCUUUAUGUAAAGCUCCAUCUUGGACAGAAUGGCUGUGCAAUAAGGUGAUGUCAAACUUACUCUAUUACUAUGGAAUAUGCAAUCUGCUUAAGGAUUGUUUACUUUAUCGGUACUUUGGCAAGGAAGUUCGUGGCAAUGGUGAAGUUCCAGAAUCAGACAUAGUUCAAGCAUGCAGAAAACUGCUUGAUGAGAGGAAGAGCUCAAAUGUUCUGCGGUUCCUUCAAGCAAUAAAUAGUAGACCUGACAUUACUGAUGGGCUGAGGACGCUGAAGUGUCGAACUUUAAUAUUUGUUGGAGAUGAUUCUCCUUUCCAUUCAGAAGGUCUUCACAUGGCUGCUAACUUAGACAGAAGAUACAGUGCCUUGGUAGAGGUUCAAGCUUGCGGGUCAGUGGUGACCGAGGAGCAGCCAUACGCAAUGUUGGUGCCAAUGGAAUAUUUUCUCCUAGGUUAUGGUAUACACAAACCGAAUCAUUUUAACGGGAGCCCCAGGAGUCCACUUUGCCCUACGUGUAUCGCCCCAGAACUCCUCUCUCCAGAAAGCAUGGGAUUAAAGCUAAAACCAAUCAGGACUCGCCUUUCAUCGCAAAGAUAGAAGCAGUCACUUAAUUACCAUUUGUAAAUUGGAAGGUUCGUAUAACACGUUCGUUCUAUUUUUUUUUUUUUUUUUGCCAGGCCAUCGUGUUAGGGCGAUUGAGGAGGGUAGAUAUUGUUUUAGAUUGUAGUUAUUCUUGAUUGAACAUAGGGUUGGGAUUGUUUUAGACUAUUCUUUCGUGUGUAGUUAGUUAUGCAAUUCAUGACUUGAUCUGUUAGAUCCGUAGACGACUACAACGACCGUGACAUGAGCAAUAAAGAAUGGAGAGAGUGGACUCUAGUUGCUCGAA